AAGCACCCUCCAGAUCGCUCCCUCUUUUGCAAGAUCCUCCAGAUUGUGAUGAAAUCUGCACCUUAGCAACAAUGCCACUGGAAAUAAAUGGAAUUUGAGAGAGGGCACGGAGUAUCGCACCUCAAGUGACAUGUAUCUGCGAAGCUGCCCUCAUCAGUUUUCUCCGUCGCUGCGGGAAGCUGCCUCCAGAUCCAUUUGAGUUGUCAAGAGGCAAGAAGUGCAACACUUGUGGUUCAUCGGGACGAUCCAUCAAAGUGCAGAUGAGGAUCUCAACUAAAGCUUGUGACUGGGGAGAAGAAGUUGAGGCGAGAAAAGACAUGGUUGGGUUCUUACUCUGCUCUAUCGUGUGUGCAGGAUGAUUGAUAAACUUUAUGCCUCUCAUCAAUCAUUGUUGUAUUCGGAUGAUUUUCCCCGGUGAAAUUUCAUUCUUCUCACUGUCGGUGCUCGCACAUCGUCGAUUCAAAUUUCUGCCACUGCUCACGAAAAUAGACAUUCGCAGAACUGCGUUCAACCUUACAAUAGUCCAACGGUGUCCAUACCACUUUAACUACCACUGCAGUCCAGAGCUUGAUCAUGGCGAGCUCUACUCUUGAAUUCUGCAAACUACUUUUGUCGAGGAGCUAGCAGUAUAGCCAAAAGAAUGCGAAUCUCUUCGCGUGUGGACAAAGCAGAUACUUUUGGCACCUGUGUCGGAAUCUUUCUAGGGUGGGGUGCUCCAAAGUGAUGUUGAAUGCCAGAGGAUGAGAUUCAUUUCGGCGGUAGGUAACGUGUGCAAGAGUUCUGAUAGCGUCCGACAAGAAUAUGUUGUGCAUUGGAUGUCUGCGAUUCGUCACCAGCUCAUUCGAAUGCGGACAUCGCCACGGACGGUCGAUAAGUUAAUUCUAAUGCUCCUUGGCAUUUCAAAUUUUAAAAGAGAAAGGGAAACAAAUAUUUGAACGAGCAUACUCUCGCAUCUAGAACCGAGUUUCCUUGACGUUGCUAAUGGAGCGAUAUUCUGCCAAAUUUUUUAAAAGAUUCUCGUCUAGGAUGCCUUUUGUUAUUUGUAAGAGAAGAAACGCUGAAGAUGAAUUAGAGUGCGCAACACUCUCAUGUUGUGCAGCUUACAUUGACCGCAACGAGUGAGGAUGCACCGUAAAAUUCGCUCGAGCGAUUGAUAUCGUUCGUUGAAUGGAGGAACGAAGGGAGGAAUGUGGAAAAUUUUGAGGCUUGAGCGAUAUGAUGUUGGCUCAUGCGACGCUCGCGAAACUCAAUAACCGACAGUAGAUGACAGGAAAGACGGUGGAGAAAAGGCAUGCGUCAUCAUGCGCGGGGUUCUUUUGUUGUGUAGCACAGACCUACUAGCACCUGAGUGCAAAAAGGGAUUGACAAGCCUUGCGUUCCUUUUUGAUCAGACAUCAGCCUUUCCUGUGGAGACGGUUCCAGUUCAGUUUGCUGGAGUUCGUUUCUGACGGUGAGGUGACGGCAGAUCUCGAAACUAGCUUCAAGAUAGACAUCUUCCGUCAUGCUGACCGCACCGUCGCCACUUUUCCCAUAAUACGGACUAAUAUGCUCAAGGUGCAGCCGGAGGCCAUCAAUUGCUGGACCCUGUCGAGGAUCUCGUUCAGUUUUUCAUCUCUUCCUCUGGCCCGUUGAACUGCAAUGUUUCCCAAUCAUUGGUUUAAAUUUUGCAUGCAAAUCCGCAAUAAUUUGAGUCCUCCUUUACUCCAACAUCUCGAAUUAUUCUUUGCGAGAGUCGGAAGCACUUACCCCAAUUAAUAAAAGGUUUUGAAAUUUGCUCUGGAAUUUUACUCUGCCGGUAACUGCGCCAGCCACUAGUUCUCUGAUUUCUCCCAAAAAAAACUACCUCUACUUGCAGCUACCCUGAAUCUACCGAGAAUUGAGGUGAUAGAAUUCAACUCCUAUGCAUCUUCAGAUCUCGCGGUCUGUGAAUUCUGAAUACCCAUUGAGCAUGGAUCUGUAGGAGGCCAAUUAUGCCUGGUACUCGAUAAUACCCACAGAAGAGAUGUAUCAGAAGGAUGCACAUACUGAGCAGAGCAAUAAAUAUCAUGAAUUAUCUCGAAUCUGCAUGAACUCGUCGCGUACCAUAUGUUUCUAGAUUCUCACUCUAUGGAAUAUUCCUCUUACUAUGGGCAGACUUAUUGCAGUACAGUUCUAUCGAAAAAACAUACUGACCACGUAGGCAUACGUUGUGGAGUAUGGAAAUGCAUGGAGAGUCCGCUGGAGACUGGUCCUCACAGAUUAAGGACUGCCGGCCUUCGCAAAAACUUGCAGGUGCCAUUUCUCAGAAUCCUGUCGAGUACUGAAAUCGAAGCUGCUUGGUACGCCCGUGACGACAUGAUCAUCCUCAUGACUUGAAGACCUGGAUCUACAAAAAGUUUGACGUAUUUCAUCACGUUUGAAUAAAAAGAAAGUGUUGCCAGGAACCGGGACGGCAGCUAGAAGUAGCGGCUGCUUAAACCAAAUCAGUCAGUGUGGCAUUGGGUUUCAG